AUGCCCACUGACGCCGAACCCAAAACUUCGAGUGAGUCUCACAGAACCCGCACGGGGUUGUUUGCCAAGUGUGGUAUUGUAGUCCCCACAUUCUUUGUACGUGACCGACACGGAUCUCCGGAGGACCCAAACAGGCCAGUUAUGACUGCAGCUGACUCACCGAAGAAGAGAAAAAGGGCCCUCAGCCCUCUACCAACUAGGAAGAUGCCCCUACAUUCAGGAGAACCAAAAACUAUCGAAACGCCUUCUGAAAACACAAUGACCGAGAAAGAAAAACUAGAGGAGGCCAAGGCUCAGUUCAGAGCCGCUAUAGACGACGAGGAGGCGGUCAAGAAGUACGACGAGGACAGAAAUAAACUCGUAAAAGCGGAGGACGACAAUAUUUGGGAUCUAGCAGCAAGACCCACCAAGGAUUCCGACCCUGAGGACGUCAAGACGGAGAAAUGGGCUACAGACAUCAUCCGAGAGAUUCGGGAAUAUGAGCGGAAUGUCACGUUCGGCAAUAUAGCCUCAGAAGCGCUGCCAGAGCCUGAUGACCGCGACAUGGGUGGCCAAUAUCUCACUAAUAAGGACCGUAUAGACCGCGAGAGCAAGCUGUUUGAGAUCGCUAAGAUCGUUCCAAAGGGCGCUCUCCUGCAUCUUCACUUCAAUGCCGCACUACACCCUGAACUACUUCUCGUACGAGCCCGGAGAAUGAAAAACAUGUACAUUCGCAGUAUACGUCCAAUUGCGAACGAGAACGAUCUGGCAUUGACGGAGGUGGUCUUCAACGUCCUAGAUCCAAAGACUGUGGAUCCUAACAUUGAUAUUUUCUCGAGUACAUACCCUGCGCUGGAAGAUGCGAUUAGGUUCAGGGAUGCAGAUGUCAAGGAUAGAAUCUGGAUGUUGUGGUCAAAAUUCCAAGACAAAUUCGAGGAGAAGUUCCCAAGAUUGUACCAACAUCAAGAGCCCGAGACUUUUAGAGAGGGACGGCCACCUCAACGGCGCCACUGUGGGGACCCGAAACUGGUCGAGUUACGUCCUGCUGAGAACUGGUUGAGGUCAAAGAUGGUGCUUAGCGAAGAUGAAGCUUAUGGCCCUCAACAAACCGUCAACGGUGUUUGGGCUCGCUUCAACCAAGCUACAAGAGCUUUCAAAGGCCUGCUGAACUACGAGAGUGUCUACAAGGACUACAUAGGCGAUGCUAUUGACCGCAUGAUUGUUGAGAAGAUCAUGUAUGCCGAGCUUCGCCCGAUGCUGCUAGACAAAUCCAUACCCACCACCGAUGGCCGCCAUACGGUUGACAACUUUGCCCAAAUGCAGCUCAUAAUUGACGGCGUUCAAAAGAAGAAGGCAGAGCUCAACAAAAAGGGAGAGCUUCACAAGUUUCCGUUUGGACUUAAGAUUGUAUACUGCACACCGCGAUCAAUACCUCCGGCACUCAUGAGAAAGGAAAUGGAACACUGCAUCGAGCUCAAGAUGAAGUUUCCAGAACUCAUAUGUGGCUUUGAUCUCGUUGGUGCUGAAGACCGACCUAAUCACAUUGGCUUCUACAAAAAAGAGCUCAAAGCUUUCCAGAAGAUCUGCAAGGACUUCAAACUAGACAUCCCGUUCAUGUUCCAUGCCGGUGAAACAUUACUUGAUACCGGCGGCUCCGCCAAACCGGAAAACUCCAAUCUCUACGAUGCAGUGGCUCUGAAAGCGAAACGCAUUGGCCACGGGUUCGCGCUCAUGAAACACCCCCGUCUUAUUGAGGACUUCAAAUAUAAAUCUGAAGAGGAGCCAGGUAUCUGUAUUGAGCUUUGUCCUAUCUCGAAUGAACUGCUACACCUUUGCAGAAAUGUCAAGGAACAUCCGUUUCCAGAAUUGCUAGCUGCAGGUAUACCAUGCACAGUCAACUCAGACAACCCCUCACUCUUUAACAACUCCAUGUCGCACGAGUUCUACCAGAUCAUGGUAGGUGCGCCUACCAUAUCCCUCUAUAGUUGGAAGCAGCUUGCACGAUGGAGCAUCGAAUACAGUUGCCUCUCAAAAAAACAACAGAAAGAAGGACUCGAAAUCCUAAAUAAGAGCUGGAGGGAAUUCUGCCAAACGAUUGUGAAAGAUUACGGUUGCCUCAUGAACCAAGAGAAACCUGAGGAGAUCGAUUACUAUAGGGCAGAGGUAGCGUAUGGGCCCCGCAGGAGGCUACAUCCAGCUAUCCUCAAAGCAGAGAGCGAUAAGGAGGGUGGAAAGGAAAAGGUCAGAGCAGAAAGGGAGAAAGCACAGAUUUGGAGAAGAUCUUUGCCCAGCGACAGUGUCGUGCUUACGCACAGUGUCGGCAGUAACCAAACAUAA